GGAAGUGACGUUGAGCUAUGUCGUCUACACUGACUCGUAGCCAAUCCGAUAGAUAUAACUGGAAGCAGCAUGGUCAAGGGCACCGGCUGAACGAGAGCAGAUAACAAGGAAACAGCAGGGAGAAGAACCUCGUGUCAAGGGCUGUCACUGAAGAAGUGAGUCGGUUUGAGCUGUGUUGAAGAAAAAGACUCCUGUGAGGCAGCAAUGGACCAAGCAAGGUCAACGAUAUCCAAAAUUUUUAAUGGGGAGCCACACUCCUACACUCGUUUCAACCUGACCCAGAACAUGGAAGGUGAUAACAGCCAGGUGGAGAUGAAGCUGUCCUCCGACAUGGAUGAGGAGGUCGGGGGAAAUGGCGUGGGUGAUCACCUCAAUCACAACUCCAACCGUAAACCCUACGUGGCUCAGAAGCUCGGACGCACCCCCAAGAACCUCUGCUUCAUGGCAGCUGCAACCCUCCUGAUCUUCAUCAUUGGGUACUUGAUUGGCUUCCUGGUUCAUCGCAAGGAGGAAGUGGCUCCAACAUGUGCAACCUCCGUGACUGCUUUUCAAGAACCUCCUGUCCACGAGACAGGCGCUGCCCCCCUCAUGGACUGGGACGAUGUGAGGAAGCUCUUCGCUGAUAAAAUCUCUCCAUCCAAAUUCGAAUCUGUGUUCAGUGAGUUUACCAGUGCCGACCAUCAAGCUGGUUCACUGGGUGAUAAAGCUCUGGCUAACAAAGUGAUCACCAAGUUUAAAGCGUACGGCAUGGACACCUGGAGCGAUGAGCACUUUGUGAAGGUUCAGGACCCCCCGGCUUCUGGCUACAACAAAUUCGUUUUUAAGGGGACUGAGCAGCGUCCUACAGGAUUCCUGUCCUACAGUGCAACUGGAAAAGUGAACGGUACUGUCUUGUAUGCGUACUACGGGCAGGAAAGUGACUUGAGAGUGCUGCGGGACAAGAAUAUCAACCUGACUGGCAGGAUCCUGCUGGUCAGAGCUGGUAAAAUCAGCUUUGCUGAGAAGGUAGCCAAUGCUGCCAAAAUGAAUGCUGCUGCUGUGUUGAUCUACCCAGACCCCUCCGAUUACGCUAUUGGAGACACCACUCAGCUUUUUGGACAUGUGCACAUGGGUUCAGGGGAUCCCUACACCCCAGGCUUCCCCUCCUUCAACCACACCCAGUUUCCACCUGUCAAGUCUUCAGGCCUGCCAGAAAUCUUGGCUCAGACCAUCACAGCAGCCAUGGGUACCAGCAUUCUGAGGCAGCUCGGGGGUCAGAAUGUCCCGGAAACGUGGAGAGGAAUGAACAGACUGGGAGACGAGAGCGAUCUCAUAACUUUGGAAGUUAACAACGUUCUCGUUGAGAAGGAGAUACAUAAUGUCUUCGGGGUCAUUAAAGGCUUUGUGGAUGCAGAUCGGUAUGUGGUUAUCGGUGCCCAGAGGGAUGCUUGGGGUCCAGGUUUUGCUUCGUCCACCGUCGGCACCAGCGUCCUUGUUGAGCUGGCCCGGUCCAUCUCUGACAUGAUGAAGAACGAUGGAUUCAAACCAAGGAGAAGCAUUGUGUUUGCCAGCUGGAGUGCUGGAGAAUAUGGGAGUGUUGGCGCCACCGAGUGGCUGGAGGGUUAUCUUACUUCUCUGAACAUGAAGGCCUUCUCCUACAUCAACCUGGAUGGAGUUGUUGGAGGUCGAAAUGGAUUUAAAGUCGCAGCCAGUCCGUUGAUGCAUAGCCUGAUUGAGAGCGCUCUGAAGAAGGUGAGCACCCUCAACAAGGCCGUGUCUCUCUCUGCUCAGUUUGGAAGGGACAACUGGGAAUCAAAUGUGUAUGAAGAUCUGAAGAUGGAUAACGCUGCAUAUCCUUUCCUCGCCUUCUCUGGCAUCCCCUCAGUCUCGUUCAGGUUCACCCCUGGUAAUUCGGAGUACCCGUUCUUUGGCACAAUGCUGGACACGCGGGAGAAGCUGAACUCACUCACAUCCAAUGAUGUUGCGCGGCUGGCUGAAAUAGCAUCCCAGUUCGCAGGUCACAUAGCACUGAGGCUGGUCCACGAUCACGUGCUGGGGAUGAACCUGACGAGGUACAACGACAUGAUCCGUACUCAAGUGUUCCAGAUCCACAAGAGAGUGAAGGACGUGAGGAUGAUGCAGCCCCAGCUGCUUCCCAAGGACCUGACGAUGCAGUGGUUUUUCUCGGCCUCUGGCACGUACAGCCGCGCUGCUCGCCAACUGGCGGAAGACGUUACAAACAGCAACCUGGAUGACAUCGAGAUGUGCCGCAUCAUUAAUGACCGCAUCAUGGCGGUGGAAAGGAACUUCCUGUCUCCCUACGUGUCCCCCAGAGAGAGUCCUUUCCGUCACAUCCUGCUGGGUUCGGGGCCUCACACUCUCAAGGCUCUGUCCAGCCACCUCGACGCCCUCAAGGCCGACAGCCCCGGGGCAGACACCGACCUGUUCCGCAACCAGUUCGCCCUGGCCACCUGGACCGUUCAGGGCUGCGCCAACUCACUAGCAGGAGACAUCUGGUCUUUGGCUUUUCUGGAAACUUAAUAGUAACAUCCGUCCCGCCUCCUUUGUUCAUGGUUUGGCCCAUCUUAUCACAACCGGCAGUAUGAAAACCAGUUGGCUGUGGUGAUUAACCAGCAGUCAGUUUCUUUUUGUUUUAUGUUUUUUUUUUUUUUCUUAAUUGAGGGAAUGAUGAAAAUGGAGCUGUUUCUAAACAAAUACCAACACCAGUCAUCACCUCUGAUCCAUCACUGUCAACAGUAAUAUGUCCCCUCAUGUUUUUCUCCCUGAAGCCAAAAAUUCACCAGAAAAUGUACUUAAACCUUCCGCCUUAACAAAAAGAAAGUUGAAAAAGUCAUAUUCUUCUAUUCCCACUUGAAAAGAGAAUUUAUUGAACAGUUCUAACACGUGGUACAAGAAUACCACAUCUUGAAUACCUUGGUGCUAGUAACGACUACCUUCAAACAGCCAUGUUAUGUGGCAGCACUACUUAGAGUUGAAUGUAGUGAAAGUGAUGUUUUUUCAGCACAGUAUCAGGUCAUUAUCACAGGGAAUGCUGUGUCCGCCAGCUCAGAGAUUAACACAACACAAGAGGCCAGUAUUAGGAAUUAAGCUGACGACUUUGCUAUCGUUCAUCAAAAUUAUUACAAAUUGGAGCUGCUGGUGUUUCCGCUGCUGCUGGAGCCUCAUGUUCAAACCUGAGCUGUUUAUGUUGGUAGCUAUAAUUUCGUAUUGUGCUGAAAUCAGCUGCUCAACUCAUCGUCAGAGAUUCAGGAGUUGCCGAAAAAGGACAGAAGAAUAUUUUGUACAAUAACACAGCGGGUGUGUUGCACAGGACACACCUCGGAUGAUCAGCUGUCGUUACUUGGCACCAUUUAUCUUUCAAAAAAGGUCCUAAUUACACGCAACAAAAAUACAAACAAAACUGAAGUAGUUAAUGAUCUGACUCGUCCACUUCCUGACAUGUGAGCGAAUCUCUGUGGGCCUUUCAAAAACCGAGGGAGAAUGUCUCCAACCAUGUGGCACUGAAAAACAAACCGUACGUCUAUUUAUUGUGUUAUUUAUUUAUCAGUGGCAGGGUUCACUAUAAAUAGUUUUUUUAUUGCCUUUUAUAAAAAAAAAAAAGUAUAAUUAUCGGGAGCAGUGCCUUCCAUAAUUAUGACAGUUAUACUGUCGAAUUGACAAAAGCAGCAUCUGCUUAAAGAAGUGUACAUGGACCGAUGGCCGGUGCUGAACACAGAACUCAUCAGCCGAACCACACAACUCUGAAGUCAUUCUUUUUCUACUUAACUGACACUGGAUUGGUCUUUGAGUGAAGACCAUUACACAUAUCACACCCUGGAUAAUGUUCCCAGAACACCUGUGUCGGCAGCGGUCCCUUGGUCCAUGCACACGUCUCGUCCUGAAGCCAUUAUCGGGAGCAGUGUCUUCCAUAAUGUGAAACAAGAAGAAGGUAGUUUUUGCCUACCAGUGUGUGUCCGUAUCGGAGGCAGUGCCCUCCAUAUUUCACUGUAGGAGUGGUUGUUUUUAUUAUCGGGAACAGUGUUUCCCAUAAUGUGUAAAUAUACAGUACAUUGCUGCACCAUGCACAUGUUGUCUGCAUCUUUUGGACCCUUCUGUGACGUUUCCAUGCUGAUAUAUCCUCUGCAGUUUCCUCUGCAGGCCUGCAGACGUCUGAACGACAAGGAUGAGCUUUAACAUCUGCUCUGAGAAGUGAGGCUAAGAGGCUGCAGGUCUGGGUUUCUUUUGAGCUGUUUGUGUCGUGCUAAUCAAACGCUGAUAAUGUGUUGUCUUUUUUGGGGGCUUCAUAUGGAACUGAUGUUGGCAGUCUUUUGCUUUUUAAAGAAGGAAAAAAAAAAAAAAGUCACUAACAUGUUUGGGACCACUGGUUACAACAGCGUAGUCCAGGAUUUCCAGUGAAGACCACCACUCUGCAAAAAUGUUUUAAUGAAAGUACAUUCUGCUUUCUAUUUCGAUGUGUUCAUUCAUUCUUAAAGAGAUUUCCUUGUGCCUUUUUUGUUUCAUGAGUGCUUCAUAGAGCUGAGUUUGUAUGUACAGUACAGUGCUGAAAGAGGUUUCACUUGAUGUCUAUUUGGCUUGUUUUUAGUUUUGAUGUUUCUGAUCUGUUAGAAUCUAAAGUUACUGGUUCAAAAGCCUGUAAUGCUACAAUACCCUGUAGAAGAAGUUACCACAAGAUUAAAAUUGUUUAAAAAAAACAAACAAAGGAUUUAAAAAAUGACAAUGCGAAUGUUACAGUCGACCUCUUUUAGCUAAUCUGGUCACUUGUUUUCAAUAUUUUUGUUACGAAAAACCUCCUGGUGUUACGCCUCAGUGGCAAAACAUGAAUUUCAGAUUGGUAAGUGGUCAGGCUACCUUGCCCGAGCGAUUGACCUGAUCUGUUGUUAUACUGAGGCAGGAAAUGGAAGUUGGUUUUCUGAUAUUGGCAUCUUGCAGAGAACUUGCAAAAAGUCUGUCUUUACUGAUUGGAUGCAGACGAAGGAAAUGAUCUGCAAAAUUGGUCGUUUCAAAAUUCUGACGAUGUGGACAAGGAAUGUCCUUUGAAAUUGUUUUUUUAAAAAAAUGUAUUUUUUUUCUCAAGCUGUACACAUGUUUGCUUAGCUUUACAUUUUUGUUGCUGCAAUAAACAAUCACAUCACA